CUUUGAUAUACCCUUUAAUACCUGCUACUAACCAAAUAUUUAUGUUUUUAAUACAUUUAUUAUUAAUGUUUCUAUUUUCACCUACAAUUGAGUGAUGCUUAUAACAUAACAAUUCUGUCAUAUGUAAUGUAUUAGUGCAUUUUGAUCAUUCUCACGUACUCCUAUUUUGUAAUUUUUGAAUUUAUUUAACUUCCCAAUGGAGGAUCAAGUGUGUCCGAGAUGUAGGACAACAAAAUACAGGAAUCCAUCGUUGAAACUUAUGGUCAAUGUCUGCGGACACUCAUUAUGUGAAAACUGCGUUGAUUUAUUAUUUUUGAAAGGUUCUGGUUCCUGUCCUGAGUGCCAUGUGCCCCUUAGACGUAGCAAUUUCCGAGUUCAGUUGUUUGAAGAUCCGAAUGUUGAGAAAGAAGUUGAUAUACGUAAAAGGGUUCUUCGAGAUUUUAACAAAAAAGAAGAUGAUUUUGCUACCUUAGAAGAAUACAAUGACUAUUUAGAACAAGUUGAAGAAAUUAUAUAUAAUUUAGUAAAUGGCAUUGACACAUUUGAGACCAACAGGAGGAUCGAACAGUAUAAAAAGGAAAACAAAGAAUCAAUUAUGAAAAAUAAAGUGAAGAUUGGCCGUUCUGAACUGGAACUUGAAGAACUUAUUGAAGAAGAAAAACAAAAGGAACAAAUGAGGAGGAUUGGUGUGUUGAGAGAAGAAACAGAAGUGAAAAAGCGAAAAAUUAGAGCUAAGGAAGCAUUAAUUGAUGAGCUUAUGUUUUCUCAUGGAAAUGCCAAAGAGAUUGUGAAAACAUUCCAAACAAUGGAAGAUGAAGAAGAGGAAAAAAUUGUUGAAAAAGCCACGCACUUCUCUACUGGAAUUAAAUUUGGUAAAAGUGGAGAGUACCUGUUACACCAUGGUCAGGAAGAAGCUCCACUUUACACUUAUGUUGCUCCGAUAUUUGAAACCGAAGGACCAAGAGCACCGAAUAUCGAAGAGGUUCUUUCCGGUACAUAUCUUGAACAUGUCCGUGCUCCAGGCCUUGAUGAGCGGGCUGGAGGCUUUGAAUCGACAAUUAGUUGUUUAAGGGCACUGCAAGAAGCUGUUGUUGGGCUUUACUUUAAGAGCAGCUGACGACCGUUCCUAGGGGUAAGGCAGCCCAUGUGGGGAGACAUGUCUCCGUCCCCCACCCGAUAGGAUGUUUUAGGGUCAAAACUUAGAGACUGUGAUGCUUUCGUCAUACUGAUCCCUUUGGCAACGAUUAUAUUUUUAUACAAUUUGUAACAUUAGAUAAUGAUGUCUUAUUACGUUCACUUUAUUAUUUAGAAGGUACUUAAAAUUAAGGAACAAAAAAAAGGUUUUAAAUUAACUUAAAUUAUGAAUGGCCUAAACAUGCAGUACCAAAGAAAGAAAUCAUGAUGAAGAAUUUCUAAGUAUUAAGCACAAGCAUUAGAAAUUUGAGGCUUGGCUAAAGGAAAGUGUUUGGAAAAUAUUUAUUGUAAUGUUAGUGUAAAUAUUGUCUAUUAUUAAUUGUAAUUUUUCUUGUCGAUGAAUCUAGUUAUGAUAAUAGUUUUUCUUGAUACAUCUGGUAGCAUAGUAUAUAUUAAAUAUCUAUACAUGAAGUACUGUUAUAACUAUUUAAAGUUUGAGUACUUAGUUAAUUUUCAUAGUUCAAAGACAUUAUUUUUUUUUAUUACUCGAGUUUAUACUUGAAUAAAUACAAAAGAUAAACCUACCUCAUAAAAUAAUAUUGUUAUUUUCUAUAAUUCUUUGAAAGUUGGAGAUCUUUCCAUUUUUAAAUAAUUUCAUUUU